AUUCAUUCCUGUAUUUCUUCCAUUUCAGUUUUUAAACAUAACCAUUAACCUAGUUCUACUAAUAACAAGUCUGACAAUUUCCGUACUUUUCACCGGCUAUUCCAUUUAAAAUGUGAAAAUAUUUUUGUUAGAUCGGUAAAAAAUUUUUAAAUUUAGUACAUAUUUCAAUGGGUGAAUUAGUGCAGACUAUAUCAUAUCUGUGCAAGCUCUUGGACGGUUUAGUCAAUGUUUCAUUAAAACCAGAUUUCUUCAGGCUUUCAAAAUUAAACAAAUUAAGCUUAGAGGAGAUUCAGCUGUUUUGGACAAUCUUACACAAACUUUGCUGCUUUUCAACAGCCACAAAAUGCAAUAAUGCAGUGGAGGAGUGUGUGGGUAACAGAAUUUUGAAUCAAGGUGGAAUUGUCACAUAUAUUCUUCCUUCAAAUGCACAGCCAAGGCAAUUGUUGUUAGGCUUGGGUUGGCUGUUGUCUCAAGGCAUCGUAGAGAACAUAAUCGAUGAACUUAUAAUAGCCACUCCCUUAGGCCAAGAGUUUCUGUGUGAGGGAGACAGAAAUUUUACUUCAGAACCUCCAAUACGACCUUGUGAAAGUGAUAGAGACAUUCUUCAAAAUUACGCCAUGGUUCUCUUGGGACAGAUUAGUCACAAUCUGAGAGCUAUCUCCAACUUUCGGCAAGAAAGAUCGCAGAUAUGUUCAAAGGUUCACACAACAACUCAUGGUGUCCAAGGGUUGCCCCACCUAUCUGUAGGAGAUGUAGAGCUGCUGACUGUAUCGGAGAAGAUACCAGAGUUCCUAGCCAGUUGUCGCCCCUGUCUGUCAGUUCUUGAAGCCUACUCUAGAUGGCAACGAAAAUCCCAUAUCUUCUGGCAGUGGAUGAAUUCUGUACUAAAGGAAGAAGAAGAAUCUUUGAGAUGUGAAACAAACCCUCCAUCAGAGGGAGAACAAGAUCAUCUGAACGGCUUUUUGAAGAAACUGGAAGAUAAUGUACGACAGAAGAUAAUGUCAGAGGGGAAAAUAUUAUCUGAAGAGAACACUUUUAAUGUUUCUAAAAUUAGAAUGUGUUUAAAAGAAACAGACACAAAUUUUGUGAAUGUUAUUGAUUCUUUAGACUCUAAACUACAGAAGCUAAUAGAUAUUAAUGAAAGAAAGAAGCUGGAGCUGUUUAAAACAAUGUUAAAAACCAAUAAACUUGAGAACUUAAGUGAAAUUCUAAAUAAGUUUAGUUUUAAUGAAAUAAAAAAUUGUAAGAAGGAACAUCCAAUAUUUUCAAAAGUACUGCCAGUCGAAACUAAACUUGAUGCUUUGACUUUGGAGGAAAGUGUUGCUCUUAAUCAUUUAGAGUCAUUUUUAUAAUAAAUUAAAGGAUUUUUAAUAUUGAAGAGUCCAUAGGCAGUAAUUUCUUAAAGUCGAAAAUAAUUGUAUCUUUGUUUAAAAAAAUGUUUAAAAUCAUAUUUAUAUAUUGAAUUUGUAAGACAGUAAAAUAAUUAUUUAAUGAAAAGUAUUUUUCAUGUAACCAAUAUGACUGAUAAAAAUGAUAAUUGUAGUUUAUAAGAAAUGUGAUUUGUGUAUUUUUAAUAAAAAAUGCAAAAUUUUUAACACGUAAUAGUGCUUCUACAUAAACAAGAGAUGAAAAGAAACCAAGUCUGUUACAAUUGCACAGCUCUCUGAAGUGUGUCAGUCAGUAAUCAGUACUUUAUUUGUCUUUAACCAGUUGGCAAUUGACAUAGUCAGAAAUACAUGUACAAUUCAAGUGAUUAACACAUUUCCGCAGUAACCAAAGUGAGGUAGAUUAAGUUUAAAUUACAAUAUUCGACUGAGUAAGAUUGUAAUAUAUUUAAUUUCACAGAAGAAUAAGUUAGAUAAAACAAUAACUAAACAAAUUUACAACAUUAAUUAUUUGAUUAAAAAAUAUUAAAAAUUAUAAAUCUAUAAAAGUAUUAAAAAUCAACCAUAACAAGAAUAGACAGAAAAAUAAUAGCAGAAUUUAGGAUGUUCAAUAUCAGGACUCUGGACAAAAGAUUAAAAUUCACAAUACAUACUAGGACUAGUCAGAUACAACAUACUUCAACUGCCUCAAUAAAUACAAUACUCUAGACAGUCUUCCACAAACAAAAUUUAUAUGAACAGACCUAGAAAGCUUACUGUCAAUUGUUAUACCAAGGAUUUUAACAUGCGAUGUAUAUUCAUCAGGCAUGGAAUAAUUGUGCAAAGUGAACCAAAACUUUUGAGUUUUACUGUCAUUUAAUGAUAGUUGAUUUGACUGAAACCAAUUUUUUGCAUCAGAAGCUUCAUCCAUACAUUUAUUUAACCACAAGAAAUAGUUAUAAGAACUAAAUAAAGUAGAAUCAUCAGCAAAUAUCAGACCUAAUGCUAACCAGAAGAUCAUUAAUGAAGACCACAAAUAAGAACCGAUCCCUGCGGAACCCAGUCAUAUUCAAGCUAUGAACUAUGCAACACAACAUCUACAAUUAAUUUACCUGCCAUUUCAUCUGUAUGACAAAAGGUCAUAUCUCAUAAAUGUGGUUUUGCCUUAACUCUUCACUAUUUAUUGAAAUGGUCCAGUGCUCUCCCAAAAAAUGUAACCAUCUCCUUCCUUUUUUGUAGAUUUUCAGAAUUAUACCUUUUUAAUUUCACUACUCUUGUCCAAAGAUGGCAUAGUGCUCUUUUGCUAUUUCUUGGAAAUUAAAGAGCAGGUGUUCUCCAGUUUCCACCUGCCCGUCACACAGUACAGAGUCGAUCUUCCUGAAAAAUGUUAACUCUGUGAAUUUGCUUCCUCAGGUGACCAUGUCCCGUAAUUACACCCACAACCUAGAAAAAUACUGAUUUUCCACAGGAGAUUUACCAUAGGAACUAUCUGCAUGGUCUCACUACUACAAUUCCAGCACCUGUGAUAAAACAAGUUUCACUGGUGGAAGAGGUUUUUUCCUUCCAACCAAGCCACCCUAGAAGGAUCACAACCUUGAAGGAUUUGUUGAAGGAAAAUAUUUGAGGCAUUUGAUCAGAGAUAAUGUGCAAAAUAUCGCACUGAAUAAGGAUGGUAACUUUCUGUGUCACUGUUGCAGCCCAAUGCUAACCAAAGCAUGCUGUUGAAGACAGAAGGCACUCCUGGCCAUAACCCAAAUGAGAAUGUCCAGGGGAUAAGGUUCAGACAGUAUUAUAGAGCUGUGGCUGGUACACUUGGAAAAACCUUAGUGAUAGUAAGACAAGCCAUCCUUUGGAUAUUAUCCAGACUAGCUACUGCCAUCCUGACCUCCGUUUUAGGCAACCAAACGACUGCCCCAAACAUUAAUCUAGGUCUAACCACGGUGACACAAAGCCAAUACAGAAGCUUCAGCUUGUGAUCUGCCUAUCACGUGUGGAUGGGAUCCCCAGUUCAGACCUCUAUCAAGGAUGGUGACCAGGUACUUGACUUCAGACUUUUAACUCAAUGGAAGAGCCUUGUAAUAAGAUUUUAUCAAUACCCUCUGACUGACGCUUUCUUGUGAAUGCGACCACAGCAACCUUGGGGUUGAUACUAAGGCCCAUCACAUCAGUUUCCCAUCAUGUUCAGUGUUGCAUUGUUCAGUUUUAUGACUGUUUAUUAAACAUGAAUUACAAUGUCAUCUGCAAACUCCUUUGUGAAGACGCUGCUACUGUUCUCAAAGAUGCAAGCAGGUCAUUCGCAACUAGGUUCCACAGAAGGAGAGAAAUGACGACAAACUCUCGUAGUCCUUGCACUGAUGCUCGCUCUCAUAACAGUAGUAUCUGGGAAGGAGAAAAUCCAUCCCCUCCUGUAAUCUAGCCAGUCUCACUCACCAGGAGAAUUGUAAGGACUAAACGAAUUGAUCGUCCACUCAAUCCUUGUACACCUAUCCCAAAUUCUCCUAUUUCUAAGCAUAUAUAGCGCUGCUAUUCCAAGUCUUCGGAGUUGUAAUACAUUUCAAUCAUGGUAAUUACCUUGUUAUGAGUUAUAUUUAAGAUUAUAAAUAUUUUUAUUAUUGCCAGAGUCUACUCAAUGUAGCAUUUUGAGCAGUUGUCAUUAAUUGUGAUCACUAGAUAUUGAUAGUGUUUGCCGUUAGAUAGCGCACAAGCACAAUGUUUCAAGUGGCAACAGAAUAUGUUAGUAAUGGAUGCAAUAUCUUCUCAUAGACUGAUCAUAAUUAAAGGUUUCUGAUAGUUUGAUAAAGUUAAACACCAUUGGGUAAUAAAAUAAAAUUAGGUACCUUAGCUAACCCUCCUUUCGGUGUAGUAACCAACUAGCGACCAUACCAAAUGAAAUGAAUGAACCACGCACGGCCCGGUCAUCCUGCGAGAUAACCGGGCCUGGUCUCUGACAAGCACUGUCAAUACAUUUUAGAUUAUUUUUGUUGAAAUGGCACCGACACGAGCUGUCCUAAGAUUAAUGUUGUUCAUGAAUGAUUAUUGUACAACAGCAGAAUACGGGAUUCAGUAGUUUCUGAAGAACAAUUUAGCAAAUAGGUUUUCUGCCAUCAAAAUGGAAAAUGUGUGACAUCAUGUGAGGUUCUUUGAUCUUUUGUAGUUAUAAGAUGCAGGUUACUUGUGUUUGGAAGUCUCUUAAGGUUCCAUACAAUCUUUAAGAAGUUUUAUAAUUAGUACCCAACCUCUCCUCGGAGAUGGUGACGUAAAGGAAAUGAUAUUGUGUAGAAAGUCUCACAUUGACUACAAAGUUUCGGUGAAACCUGACAACAUUUCCAAACAUCCUUCAUUCAAUUUUCAACUUUUAAACCAGGCUAUUUUUGAGGCGGACUGAAGAUUAUUUUACACUUCCUGUUCAGUAUCAACGGCUUUUGCUCACUUUUCAAACAUAUUACAAUCAUUUAUAAAGUUAAAUAGAUAAAAUAAAUAUCAUAGAAAUACGAAAAGAAAAUUGAAACCACGGAUGACGGACUGACGGAUGAUUAUUAAAUAAAGUAAAAGAAGAAACGCGUGUACAAGAAAAAGGAUGUCUCAAAGAACUAUGUAACAGAUUGGUAUAAACACGUCCUGUUGGAUCUAUAUAAACUAAGUUCAAAAUAUUGUAUGUUGUGAAAUAACGAAAAAGAUCCUAGGCGUCAAUGGCAGUCAAUUAUCAGCGAAUCCGGAAGUGAACAGAAUCAAGUAAGUUUAAUAAAUGAAAUCUGUGUUGUUGAGUCGGAACCAAAAAUAAUAGCAAACAUAUAUAAUAACUUUUUUCUUCUAUAGCAAGUGACCUCAAGCAGAAUAUUUAUGAGGAUUAAAGGUAUUUAAGUAGUAGCGCCACCCAAGAAGAUUUUGUAAAGGAAAUGUAUGUAACAAAUUCUAUUUUCUUAUGUCCUACAUCAAAAUUUGAAUUAAAGACUAUUAUUAAUUGACUGAGAGCUUGCAAAUCACCAGGAUAUAGCUAGUUAUCUCCAGAUCUCACAAAAAUAUAGCAGAUAUCAUUGAACAUUAUAUUAAUUUUAGUAUAUCUUCAGGUGAGUUUCGGAAUGAUCUUAAAAAUGCCAUUGUUAUUCCAAUCUAUACAAAAUCAGACAGGCAAUAUACAAGUAAUUUUCUGUGUAUAGCCCUACUUUCCAUAUGUACAACAAUCUCUGAAACAUUGUGAAGAUUUAUUUGUAAACAUUUUUGGAGCAAGAAGUGAUUUUCAGCAAAUCCAGUUUGGAUUUGUUUUUAGAUUGAUACUGAGAAUGCUUUGUGGAUUUUUUGGAUGAGUUUUUGAAGGAAUGAAGGCGGGUUUGUUUCUUGACGCUAUGAAAGCCUUCAAUACUGUGGAUCACUCAAUCCUGGAUAUAAUGUUUAAAGCUGGAAUCAGAGGAAUCGCCCAAAGGUGGUUUUGGUCUUAUCUCACUGGGCGGAAACAGGGAGUAAGGUUCGGAUACAACCUUAUCGAAGAGGUUUAGAUUAUUUAUGGCAAGGGUCCGUGUUGCCUUUAUUCUCUGUGUAUUUUAAUAGUUUAUGUGACGGUAAGUUCAAAGGUUUGUUAACAGCUUUUCCUGACGCCACUUCUUAUUUUACAGAGCAAAUUCAGGCCUGGAAUUAAAUUCAAUAAUCCAAAAUUAUAUCAAUCGACUAAGAACAUGAUUUGCAAAUCACUAUUUAUUAAUGAGUCCAAAGACGUAAGCGUUAGUGUUUAACUUAAGAAAAACAAAUUAUUUAUCUCUAAAAUAUAACCAUCAAAUAAAUUGUUUGUUAUAAAAUCAUUGUAGUUGCUCAGGCAUAGAGAUAGCGGAUAGUAUUAAAUAUUUAGGUUUAUUUUUUGAUAGUAGAACAAGUUGGAAAACUCAUGUAUUAUAUUUUUGAAAACGUUAAAUGAUCACCUUCUUUUCCACAAAAACCUUAGUGUAUUUUUUUACUCUAGUUUAAUUGUUUGUUCAUUUAUUAAUGUAGAAUAUAGGAUCGUAACAGGGUCUUCAUAGCAGUGUCAAAAGAGUGUUAGUUAUUAAGUUUUAGAAACUUAGAUAUAGGCUUUAUUUAUAUUUAAACUAUCUCUCUUUGUAAAGAAAUUUGUGUGUCUGGCUCUUAACCCCAAGAGUUUCUUUUUCAGUUUUAAGGUUCGUGUGUAACAUCCCACACAUGUUAAUAACCUCGGGAUGCAGACUUUAUUAGUCUUAACACCACUAUUUAUGUACAUAUGUUAUGUAUACUGUUUUGUGACUAAUAAAGACUUUCAUUCACUUCCAUAAUUAAGCA